AUGUGCGUUAAGCUCGUAGCUGAUUUAAUCGUGGAGGACAUUCGGAAUAAGCCGUUGCUGUGUGCUAACGACGUUAUUCAUGACGCCAAAAAGAAUUAUGGGAUUGAUAUUGACUACAAUACAGCAUGGAGAGCUAUGGAAUCUAGUCGGAGUUUUGUGUUUGGAAACGAUGGAAUAUCUUAUUCGUACCUGAAAGUGUAUUUUGAAGAAGCUGGGCGUUGCAAUCCAGACAGUGUGUUUCACCUGGAAGUUGAUGAGAAGCAUAACUCGUUUAAUCAUUGUUUCUUCAGUUUUGGUGCUUGUCUAUCCGGAUUUAAGUUUUGCCGUCUGAUUCUUUUUUUGGAUGGAACAUUUAUGAAGGGUAGAUACAAAGGUAUUCUUUUGAGCGCCAUGGCGAAAGAUGCAAGAAAUGGUCUUUAUCCAGUGGCAUUUGCCGUUGUGCGUGAAGAAAAUGAUUUAAACUGGAAUUAUUUCAUGGAACAUUUAAAAUGUUGCAUUAGCUCAGAUCGUGUUUUGACAUUCGUAUCCGAUCGACAGCACGGUAUCUUGGAAGCUGUUAAAAAUAUUUUCUCUAAUUGUUACCAUGUAUUCUGCUUGUUGCAUUUUGAGAAUAAUUUGAGGUAUAAGUUGAGUGGAAUGAGCUCUAGUUAUAGAGAUGUUCUAGUUAGUCAGUUGAUAGCAUGCGCGUAUGCUCCCACUAAGGAAAUCUUUCAUGAGAAACUUGAGAAAUUCAAAAUUGAUGGUUCAUGGAAAGUUGUUGAUUUUUUGUCAGAUUUGCCUUUUAAAAAUUGGGCAAAUGCGUAUUUUGAGGGGCAUAGGUAUGGUGAGAUGUAUUCAAAUGCUGUGGAAUCAUGGAAUGGUACAAUAAAGAAAUUCCGACAUUUGCCGAUUACCCAUAUGAUUGACAGCAUUAAGGGUUAUAUGAUGGAUAAAAUUUGCAAGAGGUCUGCAGAAGCGAGUCGUUGGACUACGAUGCUCUGUCCAAAGAUGGAAAUGAUUUUAAGCAAUUUUGUCGAAGACGGGAGGACAUGGACUAUUAGAAAAUCAAAUCAAUUUGUCUUUGAAGUGCAUUCAGACUCUCAUGAGAUUGUGGAUUUGUUUGCUAGAACGUGCACAUGUCGGGAUUGGCAGCUUAAAGGAUUCCCUUGUUGUCAUGUGGCUGUGGUUCUCAAGAAUAUCCCCGUUGGUGAAAGAUAUCGUGACAACUAUAUUGUUUCAGUAAAUUUCUUCAGUACUUACAUGUUACUGUGA